AUGGAGGAAAAGAAAACAAGAAUGAGGGAAUUGACUGAGGAUGAUAUGGUGGGCGUUAAGUCGAACGGUAAUCGGUUCAUGAUCGAUUUUCUGAAGAAUGUUACAAAACGAGCUGCAGAAAUAUUUGAUAACGAAGUAUUAUUGUCCGGUGAAUGUUACACCAAGAAGGAAAAUAGAGAUGAAAAACCCAGUUCUUCUAAGAGUAUAAUGUUUUCACACAAGGAAAAGGGAGAAAAGGAUGAGAAGGAGAAGAAAAUCCGUCCUUGUAAGUGUAAAUAUGGGUUUUCAUUCGAGGAAGAACUACCGUGGGAUGAAUUUCAGUUCAAGAAACCUAUGAAUAGUAAAGAAGAGAGAUGGAGGAAGAAUAAGAAAUUGAAAAGCAUUGCACCAGAGGAAAUUGUUUAUAGUUUGGAAGAAGAUUUCGCUAGAAGGAAUAAUCUCAAAAACAGUACAGUUAACAUCCCAGAAACUUCUGGGGUGAAAAAGAGAAAAAAUAAUACGUCCAAGACUCGUAGCAAUGGAGAAGAAGAAGUUCGGAUUGUGAAGAAAGGAACUAUGAUCGGACCUGAUCCUCCCCCUCCACUACCUGAAGAAUUCAAGAAUGCAAUUCAAGAACUGGCCAAUGGAAGAAAUAUAUCACAGGAGAUAUUGGUGGUACAGAAGGGACUCUAUAAAUCUGAUACAGAACCGCAACAAAGCCGGCUUUCUAUUCCUCUAAAUUCAGUUAUAGGAGAGUUUCUCAAGGAUGAAGAGAAAGCUCAUCUUUUGAAACGUCUCAAUGGCAAGCUGGAGCACAUAUCUGUACCAAUUAUUGAUCCCUUGCUAAUAAGGGACACGGUAGAUUUGAGGAGAUGGUCGAUGAAGAAAAGCAAUGGGAAGGAGAGCGUAUCCUACAUGCUCACUGGAAGUUGGAUAGAAAUGCGGAAGAGGAAUGACUUGAAAGUUGGGAACGUGGUGCAACUGUGGUCUGUCCGAAUCGAAGAAGAACUGGUGUUCUGUCUGGUGAGGUUACCUUGA